AGAAGAAACUGCAGUGUCAGAUCACUUUGUGCAAAGCUUAGUUGAACAACUUUCUUGGGAGAGUUAACCACAGAUUCCAUUGAGUUGGAACUUCCAGACUGCUUGUUUCUUCUGCCUGUGGAUAUUAAACUUGUAAAGAUUUGUUUACUUGCAAGCCUGUUAUAUAAAGAAUCCUUAAAUUAAAGGCACAGUUAAUUCUGGUUGAAGAUUAAUACUUCCAGAUAUCAUGGACUGGAAGACGUUGCAAGGUGUCCUCAGUGGCGUAAACAAAUACUCUACAGGAUUUGGUCGGAUUUGGCUAUCGGUUGUCUUCAUCUUCCGAGUGCUGGUUUAUGUCGUAGCAGCAGAAAAAGUAUGGGGUGAUGAUCAAAAAGAUUUUGACUGCAACACCAAGCAACCAGGUUGUACCAAUGUCUGCUUCGACCACUAUUUCCCCAUCUCCCACAUCCGACUCUGGGCCUUGCAAUUGAUUUUCAUCUCUACACCGUCUCUAUUGGUUGUCAUGCAUGUAGCCUACAGAAAAGACAAAGAGAGAAAGUACCAUAUGAAGCAUCCAGACUCCAAUACUAAGCUAUAUGAGGAUGCUGGCAGAAAGCAUGGUGGGCUUUGGUGGACCUACGUAAUAAGUCUAUUUUUUAAAACCGUGAUAGAAGUUGCAUUCUUGUAUAUCCUCCACAGAAUCUAUGACAGUUUUGAUAUGCCUCGCCUAGUCAAAUGUGAAGUUUUACCUUGUCCCAAUGUUGUAGACUGCUAUAUUGCCAGACCAACUGAGAAAAAAAUCUUCACAUAUUUCAUGGUAGGGGCGUCAGCUCUUUGCGUUGUAAUAAGCGUGACCGAAAUGAUCUACUUGAUCUCUAAAAGGUGCUUCAGGUUUUGUAUGUUGCAUUGCGGGAAAAGAGAAUCAGUAUUGACCAAAAGAAAUCCAGACUAUCUUGGCCACAGCCUCACUCAUACAAAUCACCUGCAUAAUGAAAAGUCAAUGGACUGCAUUCGUGCUUCAGCCCCAGAUCUUUCUACUAUGUAACUGAAUAUUUAGAGAAUCUAAUGUCGUUUAAAAGAAAUCCCUAACCACUCAUCCAAGGAAGCUUCAAUUGAUCAGAUGUGUCAUUUGUAAAAUGUAUUACAUAAUACAGUGCAAUAAGAAUAUAUUCAAUGUAAUUUGUUUUUUUUAAAUCUGUGAGUAACAUGGUAAUAGCAAACAUUAUACAACUGACACACUUGAUCAAUUGGCCAUCAGCUACCAUUUACAUUGAAGCUUCCUUGAAUGAGAUAGUACAGAUUUCUUUCCGAAGGAUUGGAUUCUCAGAGAAAGGGAUCUUCCUCAUACCUGUCAUUUGGCAUUCUUAAUGGACAAUUAAAGAUGAAGCAUUGAUGGGGCAUUAUGGAUGCCUUCAUGUGGUAGGAUCUUCCACCUUCACACUCAGGGAGUGCUUACAGCAGCUAGGUGUGUAUUGCCCUUACCAUCUCAGCAUCAGCAACAUACGUCAGCCAACAAAUGUAUAUUUUUGAUUUCUUAUUUAUAAUUUGUCAUUUCUUUUUCAUAAACAAAGGGCAAAUUGAAAAUUUACCAAAAUAGUGCUAAAAGAAAAGUUUAUCAUGGGCAUAAAAUUUUGAAAUUAGACAAAUAAUUAUUACGUUUACUUUUAAACUUCUUUUUUUCAUUUAUUCCUGAAAAUUCCAAACCUUGUGGAUAACACUGGUAGAAGAAUUUAUGAAGAUGGUUACUGAAACCAAAACAGAAAAAUAAGUUCAUUCAUGUUGAAAUAAUGUGAUGGCUAAAGUACUUUGUUUCCAUUUCAAUUGGUCUUAUUUCAAAUCUGCCAAAAUUACACAAUACUAGUCAAUAGCUCUGACAAAAUCAUCAGGAGUCAUUUCUUAAAAGCAAGAUCAUCACGAGCUCAAUUAUUUGAGUCAACGCUUUAAAUCCAACCUUUUAUUGUACUGAUAUAUAUUAAAAGGAAUCAACAAUAGACAAUUUUUUAAAACAACAGUUGCUAUCUCUUGGCUAAGGAUCUGUUACAUCAUUAUCUACUAUAAUUUUAUUUACAAGCAGCCUAUUAGAACAAUAAACAAAGAUGAGGCUAUAAAGUACAAAAUAGUUAAAGUUCUGGCUUCUGGUUGAAUAGAAUUUAACUGUGACCACCUCUACUGUUAUCACCGCAUAUAAAACCUUUAUUGCUAAAAUUGCAAGAUAUUUGUAUUUGGAAGAGAGUUAAGCAGAAGGAAGUGUGCAGAAUAUAUUUGCUUAACUGGCUGAGAAUAAAGUUUCUUUUAUCAGGAGCUUCUGAUAUGCAAAGACUGAUCAGGCUUGAUGAAAGGUCUCAGCCUGAAAUAUGCACUGUUUAUUCCUCUCCAUAGAUGCUGCCUGAGUUCUUCCAGUAUUUUGCAUGUGAUACUCUAGAAUCUGCAGCUGCAGAAUCUCUUGUGUCCUGUAUCCAAAAGCCUUUUUGGAUCAAUUAAAUCUUAUAAUAAUCCUCUUACUCAUAGAAAUAAUGCUACCUGGAUUUUUUAUCGUACGUUCACUGUCUAAACUGAUACUUGAAACAUUUUUUUUAGAAAUGAAUAAUUUCUCAAUAUAUGAAAGAGAAUUAAACAGUAGUAUAUUGUACUGCAGAUCCUUUAAAGUAAUGAAUGCAAGGACAGGAGCAAUUGAAAUAUCAAUGCAUAGGAGAGAUAGAUUUGUACCAUUAUCAUAAUUCCACGCUCUGAAACAGUUCAAUUUCUUUAUCUCUGAUGAUAAAAUUUCAUCCUUUGACAGCAAACGUUUUAAUGGAUAAUCAGAUAAUAAAUCUAAAAUCUUAUAGAUUUCAUGCAUUCUUAAAGUAUUUUGUUGACAAGCUGAAGUAUGGGCUUCAUGUAUCUUUUGUCCAUUUUAAUUUCUUCAAGUAUGACGUUGUAGCACAUGAUAAUCGAAUACAGCCACUCCACUUGUAGAUAAUUAUGAGCCAAUGAAGGCACCUAUACAAACUUAUAAAUUCCACUGGCUUAAUUCACUUUAACAUUGUUUGAAUCAAAGUAAGAAUGAUGUUUACAAUUCAACUGUUUACAUAGCAACAAUAUGCAUCAAUGCUUUUGCCAUCAAUUGUAUAACAUUGACAAUGCCUGCUGCAGAGCAAAUGAACAUUUCAUAGUUUAUGUUAAUAUUGUGUACUUCAUCAAAUCUUUCCGUGCAUUUUUCUAUGAGGUUACUUCAUUAAUUGUUAAAUUUAUACUGCCAGAAUUUACAAAGUGACUAAAAAUAGUACGUCUCAUAAAUUUUUUUGCCUAUUUCAAUAGAAGGUAAAAACUAGAAUGAAAACUUGUCCUUAAUAGUUACUUGAGAUAUGUCAAUGAGUUUUAAAUUGUCCUUCUGUUUCGAUACAGGAAAACUGGUUGAUGAAAGAUUGUUGUUUGUACUGUCCAAUACUAUAGUUGAAUGUUGAAACAGAAAAUGUUAUUUAAGUCAUAUUUUAAAUUUAAAUUGAUAAAAGCAAAAAUACGUUAUUCUAUUGUGGGUUAAUUUUCAAUUUGCAAUCAGGUAUGAAACUGGAGAUGCAAAUCAGGCCUUUUGAUCUUAAUUCCCAGUCAACGUCAAUUGUAACCUGAGGACUAAGUUUAAAAAACCACUUUUCAUUUAUUGAAUAAAAGCCUUAUUUUGGACAGAACUAUCAGCUUUGGAAACAUUUGAAGGCUUUAGUUUAGAAAGGGGUUUUCAUAUGUUUGGGAUAUCGCAAUAUUUGUACAUAGAAUUAAUUUAUUUUUAAAAAAGUAGUUGCAAUGAAAGCAUCACCUGUUAGACUCAAUAAACUGGACAAGUUGUUGAGCUGAAUGUAAAUGGAAAGCUAAAGAGUAUACACUGUGCAGAUUACCGAUCACUGCCCAUUUCACAUUUCAGCUGAAAAUUUAAUGUUAUUUAUAAAGAUAUUAGUUGUUUUCAUGUUAACUAUGAUGGAAAUUAUAUUUGGAAAAAGUCGGUGGUAUGGAAAUACCGUUCAAUUUUUCACACUCCAAGAAAAAAUAAUCUGUUAAAAGCAUCCUGUGCUUGCAUCCCCUCUUUGCCGUUACAGGGAUCAAAUAUUUUAUCUGUGGAGCUGAAUGCAUUACUUAUGUCAAAACUUUCCCAUGGAAAUAAUGUCAUUUAAAGAAAGCACUUGCCAAAUUUUCUGCAGUUUUCUUUAAUUGUUAUGCACUGUGUAUUAUUCCUUAUUUAUAUUGUGUACAGUUUAACAAAUUAAUAAUGAAAUAAAAUAAAUAUUUUCAAAAACGUAAA